GAGAAAUGACGCCAUUAGCGUGACUGCGUCUGUUACUAGUGAAGGAAGUUAGGAAGCAGUCUAGCCGCGCCGCCGCCGUUCCCGCCGCUCCCGCCGCCGCUGCCGCACCCGCUCCCUGCCACCGCCGCCAUGCCGACCCUCGCGGGCUCGCUGCUCGCGCUCGCCGCACUCGUUGCCGCCGCCGACGCCCAGUCCUACUGCGUCACGAAGGAAAUUGGUAGAAAAACUGACCACCGAAUAGUCCUGUGGCCGACUGACAUGUAUUAUCCGAUGACAAUCUUAACCUAUAUUUGGGACCCCUGCGAGAGCAAAAUGGUUGGUUAUACGCUGAAGAUAUGCCGCAGGGACCCACAUGGAACGCUGGCCCUAUUCAACGGACCGCCCCCAGGCCACUGGGUUCCUGUGGAAGUCUUCUGUUUUGAUGAUCAUAACUGUGUAGCCUACAUCACCAUCUACUGCGAAUCAUGAUGAAGUAUAUCCAUUACUAAAAUACAUUUGUGUUAGUAAUUAUUGUUUUCAUCUUAA